AUCUUGUGUUGUUCGAAAACAAGUCAACAUGGCGGAUGGAUAAGAGAAAAUGGCUAACCAAGGCGGCUUUGCGGGCAGUACACAAGCAAGCCCGCUUCUAAGCAGCAAUAGAAAGCUCUACAAUACAGACAAAAGCUCUUUUUCAGCGAGUUAUGAAUCACCUAAGAGUUAUGGCUCAACAACGAAACCGGUUCGAAGCGAAGUCGAUACGAAAAUUGUUGGUCAUGUGGUGGAGMRCUUAGACACUCUUCAAGGUUUAUCGAUAAAGUAUGGUGUUCCGGUCGAAGACAUCAGGAGAGUAAAUAAGCUAUGGACAAAUGACAAUAUUCAUUUUUAUAAAAUAAUCAAAAUACCUGUACGRACGGAAUCCAAGUUUGCUGACUUAGACGAUAGUGACCCAGAAUGUGAUAUGAAUCACACUGAAGACAAUACAACAACUGAAACAGUCAAGGAAGAAACUUCUGAAAACUCUACCAUUGAAUCUGCUCCUGCAGAUUCUGUUCAAAGUUUCUUAAAUAAACUUGAUGUGGCAAUAAAGAAGGAUACCAAAGAAUCAAAAAAACUUAGAUGUCAAUCAGAAAAGAAUAUUAUUGGYCCACUAGGCCAAGCCAGUAACGCCAGACAAGAUGAUCUCUUUAGGCCUUUAUCAAUUUCAUCUACAAGUCAACGCCGAACUGGUUCAGCUAGAAUAGUAAACAAAGUCAAAUCAGAUAAGCUUAAUGAUGAACAHUUUUUUGAACUUUGAUGGUUUCUGGAAAUAAGACAUUGCUACUGUUGAAGUGUGACCCAAAAAGUUCAACUUAUAGUUUUCUAUUGACCAGCAUAGUAAGCUUUAGUUGAAAGAGAAAGAUCACCAAAUUAUUUUGUACAGAAAAGGGGUAACAUGUACGUACAUCUGAGCUAUUGGCUGACUCCAAAUUUAUUAGUAAAUUAAAGAAGUAUUUGACUUUUAUGGGUUGCAUUUCAAUACUGAUGUAUUUUGUACUUUAAUUGAAUAUWCUGUCUCUGUGAAUAACACUUGUUGUUGACAACUUUCAGCAUUGAAAUGCUUGUCAAUGCUAAACAAUUUUCUCAAUUGAGAAAGGAAAGAUAAUUUACUAGAUGAAAAUACCUAAAUAUGAUAUGCAUGGUAUUUACUUAAAACCCACUUGCAUUUGAGAAACUUUGCCAUUGUUUGCUUUGUUCUAAAAAAGAUUUGCUUUUAUUGACAAKUUCUUUUYGAUUGGAUGGAAAUCAAAGAUGAUGAUUUUUGGUAUAUAAGAAAAUUGUACAAAGAUUCUCGGUGGUGUGUGGGUAUUUGAAUACUUUAAUGUUAAAUCUGUUUGAAAUGCAAUAUAGUAAUUAAUUAUUGUCCAGAAAAGAUAAAUUGAUGAAAAUAUAAGAAGACAGAAAACUACUGAAUUUCUUAUAACAGAACGUCUGGUUUAUUGCUAAGAUUUGGCACAGUAUAUAGGUGAAUGAAUUUUUCUAGAAUAAUAUAUACAAAAAUUCCAUUAAGAAGCUUUACAAAUAUUUUUGUAUCUAUAUAUUUCACAUUGUUUUGAUUAUUUAUAAAAUAAUUAAGCGAGAAUUGAUUUUGUGAUGUAAGUCCGUGAUGGUGAGUGUUAUUUCGAUAGUGUUGUAUAUGAAAUCUUGAUAUUAUUGGGGCAUAUGAUUGGUUGAAUUCAUGUCAAAGUCAAAAGUAAUGACAGGCUAUAGACCUCUGCAGCUUUUACGUCAUGUACCGUAUACGCAAUGCAUUGUAGGAUAUGUUUGGGACAGAACAUGGCGGAUUUCUUUUGUUUUCUCUUGAAACCAAUCCUACAAUGCAUUGAAAAUCAAGUAGUGACAUAAAAGGUUCAGAAGUCUAUUUAAGCACRGUGUUGUGCAGUUUUAGGGACAGCAAGAAUAGUCCAUUUCUAAUACUCUGACUUUGAAUGUCAUGCACAAAAAAAAUUGAAGAUUAUCCUCUAGGGAAAUAAAAAGAUUAUCUAUUGUUUCAUCUGAGACACAUCUUCAUUUCUUUUGUGGAUGGAUAGUUAUUAGUAUGUGAACUAUUGACAGAAUUUCCUUAUGAACCCUAAACUGUUGUCCACCAGGAAUGCAGGAUAAUUUUAACCUUGGUUUUUUGAAAAUUUCCUAGGAAAAAGAUUAACCAAUCACAGCACAGCUGAUUWGGUUGACAUUAGUUUAAUCAAACAUAAUAAACUGACUUACAGUUUGAAUAACCAAUUACAGAAGAGCCAGACUUGAUUGACAGAUAGAUMAACCAAUCACUAUGCAGCAUGUUAAAAGAUUAGCCAAUCAGUCAAUGUCAUUGAUUAAUGAAUUAAUUAUUGAAUAAAUCAAUACUUUGAUCUACUUAGGGAAAACUCACCUUUAAUUCUUUAAAAGUCUGUCAAAAAAAGAUGGAAAGAAAACAYGAUUGCUUAUGUGAAAAGUGAUCAAAAUCYUGUWUCUCCAGAGGGUAAUUUUUUUUCAUUCUUGCUGCCAGUAUCAAUCAUUCAAUAUUAGGUGAUGGGUCAUCGUGGAUUAGCCAACUAUGAAUAAACAAAUCUUUCAAAAGAG